GCCACUGUCAGGAUCACACGCAUAGGAAGGGAGACCUACAGCUGUUCCUGACGCAAGACAGCUACAUUCAGUGGAGUCCAGAGUGACGAUAAGACCAGUGUGUCCAUUACUUCAUCUACUAUUUGUUAAUCUGAAACUUAAUUUCAAACAGCGCAGCUCCAACCCUGUGCUCAGCAUGGCACACCAUUGGCAGGACGGGCGAAGUAGGAGUCACCAUCGAUAUGAGGAAGACGAUGAGGAACCUCCACCGGUGUAUAUUGGCGUUCCAGUAACGCACGGUUACAGCAAAAGAAGACGCCGCAGACACCGCUCCCAGCGUGAACACGAAAAACACCGCACGCACCGUGACCAAUACACACAUCAUGAACACACACACCAUGACCAUCAUCAUGACAACCAGAAACACUAUGAGGAGGAAGAGGAGGAGGAUGAAGAAGAGAUGGAUCAACAUGACAUAUUUAACCCUGACUCUACAGUGUCCCCCGCAGCGGAAAGGCUGCGCUACAUCCUGGGGGAUGAUGACGACGUGCCAACGCCCACUCUGUUCACAGAGAUGGACACACUGCAACAUGAUGGAGAUGAGAUGGAGUGGAAAGAGUCUGCUAGGUGGGUGAAGUUUGAGGAGAAGGUGGAGGAGGGAGGAGAGAGGUGGAGUAAGCCCCAUGUGUCCACCCUAACCCUGCACAGUCUGUUUGAGCUGCGGACCUGCAUACAGACAGGCAGUGUACUGCUGGACCUGGAAGGAUACUCCCUGCCCCAGAUAGUGGAUGAGAUUGUGGAUCGCCAGGUGGCUGACGGUCUGAUUGCUCCAGACCUGAGGGAAAAGGUCAGCUUUGUGUUAUUACGGAAACAUCGCCACCAGCACAAGAAACCAAUGCACCGCUCGCUGGCCGACAUGGGCAAAUCAAACAAUUCCCCGACCAGUCGUAGUCCCCAAUCUGUUCAUAAUGUCACCCGUGCUAACGUCAGUCGUAGUCCUAGUUCAGCCUCUGGCCUCCAUCGCUCUACAGAAGACCUACGUGCCAAAUCAGGCAGCCUUGGUCGCCUGCAUCAUGCUCAGAGCCGAAGUAUGAAUGAUAUUUCUGACACGCCAAGCACAGACCAGCUGAAGAACAAGUUCAUGAAGAAGAUUCCUCGUGAUGCAGAGGCGUCCAAUGUUCUGAUUGGAGAGGUGGACUUCCUGGAAAAACCUUUUGUAGCAUUCGUGCGUCUGGCCCAGGCUACCACACUAGGUGGUCUGACCGAAGUCCCUGUACCUACCAGGUUUCUGUUUGUACUUCUGGGUCCUCAUGGCAAGGGCAAGUCCUACAAUGAGAUUGGUCGAGCCAUCGCAACACUUAUGGUGGAUGACUUGUUCAGUGAUGUUGCGUAUAAAGCCCGGGACCGUGACGACCUAGUAGCUGGUAUAGAUGAGUUUCUGGAUGAGGUCAUCGUUCUGCCCCCUGGGGAGUGGGACCCGAAAAUACGCAUUGAGCCACCCAAGAAGGUCCCCUCUGCUGACAUGAGAAAGUCUGUGUUAAACCUAAACGAGCUGGGCCAGGUGAACGGGACGGCUGGGGGACCAGCAGGAGGGGAGGAUGAGGAGAUGCCCGCCCCCCACGAGCUGGGAGAGGAACUGCAAUUCACUGGCAGGUUCUGUGGGGGUCUGUGGCUGGACAUUAAGAGGAAGGCUCCAUGGUUGCUAAGUGAUUUCACCCAGGGCAUUCACAUCCAGUCCAUCUCGGCUGUGCUGUUCAUCUACCUAGGCUGCAUCACCAACGCCAUCACCUUUGGAGGCCUGUUGGGGGAUGCCACAGACAACUACCAGGGAGUGAUGGAAAGUUUCCUAGGCACAGCGUUAGCAGGAUCAGUUUUCUGUCUGUUAGGAGGUCAGCCACUCAUCAUCCUCAGCUCCACUGGACCGAUCCUCAUCUUUGAGAAACUUCUCUUUGAGUUCUGCAGCUCUAACACUAUAGACUACAUGGAGCUACGUCUGUGGAUUGGUCUCCACGCCUGUCUACAAUGUUUGAUCCUGGUCGCCACGGAUGCCAGUUACAUCAUUAAAUACAUGACACGUUUCACAGAGGAGGGCUUCUCCAGCCUCAUCUCCUUCAUCUUCAUCUCUGAUGCAAUUAAGAAAAUGGUGGGAUCCUUCAAAUACUAUCCUAUCAACCGUGGCUUCAAGCCUGACUACAUUACCACAUACAAAUGUGAAUGUAUUGCACCAGACCAGGCCACUGCGAUGGGUUUCAAUGCUUCAGUCCCACUAGCGGACGAUAACAUGACCGAUUUGUAUAACAUUACAGGUCUGGACUGGAGUCAGCUCAGUAAGAAGGAGUGUGUUAAGUAUGGUGGCACCUUGUUGGGGAACGCCUGCAAGUACGUCCCUGACCUGGCGCUCGUAUCCUUUAUCUUGUUCUUCGGGACCUACUCCAUGACCGUCUCCCUCAAGAAGUUCAAGACCAGCCGCUACUUCCCCACCAAGUGUCGGUCCCUGAUUGCUGAUUUCUCCAUCAUCAUCUCCAUCCUGGUAUUCUGUGCAGUAGACUUCCUGUUAGGUCUGGAGACUCCCAAACUGCACGUGCCUAGAGAAAUUAAGCUGAGGAAGCUGAUCAGUGAUUUCUCCAUCUUCAUGUCAAUCAUGACAUUUGUGGGUCUGGAUAUGCUUAUAGGGCUGGACACACCCAAACUAAUUGUACCUACAGAGUUUAAGCCAACACGUCCAGAACGUGGCUGGUUGGUGAUGCCGUUUGGUAAGAAUCCAUGGUGGGUGUAUUUGGCCAGCUCCAUCCCUGCCCUCCUCGUCACCAUUCUCAUCUUCAUGGACCAACAGAUCAGUGCUGUCAUUGUCAACCGCAAAGAAAACAAACUCAAGAAAGGUUGUGGCUACCAUCUGGACCUGUUCUGGGUGGGUAUUCUAAUGGCAGUGUGCUCCUUCCUGGGUCUGCCCUGGUACGUGGCUGCCACUGUCAUCUCCAUCGCCCACAUCGACUCUCUGAAGAUGGAGAGCGAGUCCAGCGCCCCUGGGGAGCAGCCCCAGUUCCUAGGCGUCAGAGAGCAGAGGUUGACAGGGAUUAUGGUGUUUGUUCUAACUGGAGUCUCCAUCUUCCUGGCUCCUAUCCUUCAGUACAUCCCCAUGCCUGUUCUCUAUGGGGUCUUCCUCUACAUGGGAGUGGCUUCACUCGCCGGAAUACAGUUCUGGGAGCGUGUUAAGCUGUAUCUGAUGCCAGCCAAACAUCAGCCAGACUUCUCCUUCCUGCGCCACGUUCCGCUUAGGAGGGUUCACCUCUUCACCCUGGUCCAGAUCAUCUGUCUGGCUGUCCUCUGGAUCCUGAAGUCAACUGUUGCUGCCAUCAUCUUCCCUGUUAUGAUCCUGGGCCUGAUGGUGGUGCGUAAGAUGAUGGAUAUGAUGUUCUCUCAACACGACCUUGCCUGGCUGGACGACAUCCUGCCGGAGAAGGACAAGAAGGAGAAAGGGGGCAAGAAAAAGAAAGAAAACAAGAAGUCCAGAGCAACAGCAGAGACAGAGAGUGAUGAGGAGGAGAAGAAUGUUUACUCUAGUGUGAAUCCUGAUGACAGUGAGCUGGACCGCAGAAUCACUCUGCACUUGAAGAUCUGCCCCCCCUCACCUGCCCACUCCCAGGCGUGCCCCGGAUCAUCGUUACGCCCCCCUGUUCCCCAGCUGGCCAUCCAGUUGGAGUCUGAGCACGAGGAGACUGAACUCUACCCGCGGGGUUACAACAUUUACCCCCACAACGUCUGCCCUCUGAAUGGCUGCCACCCGCCCUCUAAGACUCAAAAACCCCCGUACCACUAUAAGCCCUCACACUCUUCCCCCCGUGACAUAGACAGCGAAACCUUGCUGUAAGCUGACAGCGCAUAGACACACAGACACACAACCCAAAACUAUGCAUGAUUACUAUUUGCCUCUGUUCUUUACACUUGUCUCAACUGUUAUCUAAAUUGACUUACAGCAGCGGGCGCAAUCAUUUUCAUACUUAUUCAUUUGUUCUCACUCCUCAUUGGAAUCUAAUGGCCAACUUGAGCAUUGUAAGCACCAAUGCCCUGCCAACUGGGCUAGACGGGACUCUGAGAUUUGUCUUGUAACCCUAAGGUAUCUGUUAGUUAUCAUAAGAAGACAAAGUAUAGAUUGUAUGUACUCAGUAGCCCUCCACUCUUCAUCAAUUUAAAUGAAAAAAAGAAACAACCAAAAAUAGAUUGAUUACCUGAUUGCAAAAUGAUCUGUACAUUCAUGAAAUAUACAUAGAGAUAUAAAAACGUAUGCAUCGUAAAAAAUAAUGGUUUAAAAAUGUUAUUGUUCAUCUGCAUUUAUUAUGUAUUUCUUUGUUCUUUGCAUUCCAAGGUUGGGGUGAAUUUAGAAUUUCAGAAAUGUUUUCAGUUCAAUUAAAUUCAUGAAUUGAAAUUUGAAUUUGACACACCACAUAGGAAAUGUACUUUAAUUAAAAAAAUAAAUGUUUAUUAUAUAUAGCAGAUAUAAAAAGUAAACACACCCCUGUUAAAAUGCCAGGUUUUUGUGAUGUAAA